AUGUCUCUGCAUUCUUCAUAUACAUAUCCAUUUCGUGGAAUCUUCUAUUUAUUAAGUCAUCCAUCAUUAUGGAGACAAAUCUCAUGUGGUUUAUUAAUAUCAAUCUUAGUAUCGAUAGUCACAUCGGUAUUAUUCUUUGUAUUUAUAUUUCCAUUACAAGCACAUGCAUUUGAAGAAUAUAUGUCUGAUUGGUUAUCAUGGAUAAUCAGUUUUUUUAUAACAAUUUAUGAAAUUGGAAUAUUACUUUUAGUAAUAUCAUCAUUAUUUCUCGCAUAUUAUAUGGAUGUGAUUUUUGAUGCAGUAUGGAGAGAAGAAACAAUGGGAUUAACUGAAGGUAUUACUCAACGAAUCUCUUCUACAACAUAUUCAUGUAUAAAAUCAUUUUUUAUAUUAAUUUUAUUUCGUGUAAUUCUUGUUAUUAUUACAUCACCAUUAAAUUUAAUUCCAAUUCUUGGAACAAUUCUAUUUAUUUAUGUAAAUGGAUAUUAUUAUGCGUGGUCAUUACAUUGUCGUUAUUUUGAUUUACUUGGUUUAACAUUUUUACAAGGUAAACAUUUUGUUGAAGAAAAUCGUAAUGAUUAUUCUCAAUUUGGUAUUGUUGGUAUUUUCUUGGAAUUAAUUCCAUUUGUGAAUCUGAUUACUCCAAUAACCAAUGUCAUUGGAAGUGCACUUUGGGCAUGUGAUAUCGAACGAUAUAAAGAACCUUCACAACAUCCACGAAGUUAUUUAUUGGCUCCAACACCUGAAUUAGUUGAACAAGGACAAUCAAUUGAUUAUGGAACAAUUAAAAAUGAAAAAGAAUCAUUAUCAUUUGCUCCACCAACAUAUCAAGAUGCUAUGGAAAUUUAA